AUGUAUUACUUGUUUAUUGUAAAUGGUGUUUCUAUAGCUAAUACCAAAAGCGAAACACAAUUAGUAUCAAAUGAAGGCGAUGAGGCAAUACAAGCAGCAAUAAGUAAUAACGACGAAAUAAGGACUGUGCCUGAUGACGGGAAUUCAAUCAAAAAAUGGUUCGAAUGCAAGGUAUGCAAUAAACCGUUCAAAUGGUCCUGCGAUCUGCAGAGACAUAAAUUGAUGCACGGAAACGAACGUCCAUUCAAAUGUCACGUGUGCAAUAAAACAUUCAAACGGCCUGACGAUUUGAAGAAACACAAAUUGACGCACGGAAACGAACGAACAUUCAAAUGUGCUAUGUGCGAUGAAGCUUUCAAACAGUGUCGCUAUCUGAAAGAUCAUAUAAAGAUACAUACGGAUAUUGAAAAGAUACUGAAAUGCAACGUAUGCGGUAAAGUAUUAAAAUGCUAUUCAAAUCUGCUGAGACACAAAUUGAUGCACGGAAACGUACGACCACACAAAUGUCACGUGUGCAAUAAAACAUUCAAAGGCUCCAGCAAUCUGAAGAGACAUAAUUUGACACAUGGAAACGUGCGGUUAUUCGAAUGUGAAAUGUGUGAUUGGAAAUUCACUCAGAAAUGUAAUUUGAAUAGACACAUGAAAGUGCAUAAAAGUUCGGAUAAAAAGCUAUAUUCUACAGUGAGCUCUUCAGUGAUAUCGAUAUCAGAUAUCAUUGAAACAGAAAUAUCAAUAAGGGGAAUAAUUACCAUCGCAGGACUAUAA